AUUAACUAACCAAUGAAUUUCGAUAGAUUGAAUCAGUGAGAGAGAGCGCAGAGAGCGACCUUCCGUUUUCAGUUCCAUGUCCAUUCGCCAUUUUCAACCCACCCGCCAUACAUAAUUCAAUACAACCUUCUCUCUGGUGGAGUGGCUUUUCUCGCUCGCUCUCAUAGUUAUGGGUUUUGAAAGAUGAGGAUGUAAAUCUGAUUCGACUUGCCACAGAAAGAUUUUGCUCUUUUGACAUCCUGAGAUCCGUGCAUCAUGGCGACAAAGGGGAACUCGGGAGACAAUAGAAGUAGGAGUUCAAUGUCAAUUUUCAUUGUUGUUGGUCUGUGUGGUUUCUUCUAUAUACUGGGUGCAUGGCAGCGAAGUGGUUUUGGCAAGGGAGACAGCAUAGCUGUGGAGAUUACCAAACAGACAGAUUGCAGUAUCCUCUCGAACCUAAAUUAUGAGACCCAUCAUGGUGGAGAUGCUGGGACAAUUGAUGAAUCUGAAGCAGAAGUUAAUGAGUUCAAGCCAUGUGAUGAUCGCUACAUUGAUUACACACCCUGUCAAGAUCAAAUGCGGGCUAUGACAUUUCCACGAGAAAACAUGAUCUAUAGGGAACGGCAUUGCCCUCCUGAGAAUGAGAAACUGCGCUGCCUUAUUCCUGCACGCAAAGGAUAUGUGACCCCAUUUCCAUGGCCCCAGAGUCGCGACUAUGUGCCUUAUGCAAAUGCACCUUAUAAGAGCUUGACAGUUGAGAAGGCUAUUCAGAACUGGAUUCAAUAUGAGGGCAAUGUUUUUAGAUUCCCUGGUGGAGGCACACAGUUUCCUCAUGGAGCGGAUGCAUAUAUUAACGAACUCGCAUCUGUGAUUCCACUAGACAACGGGAUGGUUAGAACUGCUUUGGAUACAGGCUGUGGGGUUGCAAGUUGGGGUGCAUACCUAUUCAAGAAAAAUGUUAUUGCCAUGUCAUUUGCACCAAGGGACUCUCAUGAAGCACAAGUUCAAUUUGCUUUGGAAAGAGGUGUUCCGGCUGUUAUUGGUGUUCUUGGAACCAUAAAGCUGCCAUAUCCUUCCAGAGCCUUUGACAUGGCACACUGUUCCCGUUGCUUGAUUCCAUGGGGUGCAAAUGAUGGAUUGUACAUGAUGGAAGUUGACCGAGUUCUUAGACCCGGUGGUUACUGGGUUCUUUCUGGUCCACCCAUCAACUGGAAGAAUAAUUACCAAGCAUGGCAACGUCCCAAAGAAGAACUUCAGGAGGAACAAAGAAACAUUGAAGAGAUUGCCAAACUUCUUUGUUGGGAAAAGAAGCAUGAGAAGGGUGAUAUUGCUAUUUGGAGGAAAAGAAUAAGUUAUGACUAUUGCCGUGAUCAAGAUUCUCAACCUGCAAUGUGUGAAUCUGAAAAUGCUGAUGGUGUUUGGUACAAAAAGAUGGAAGCAUGUGUAACUCCGUAUCCUGAGACUACUAAUCCUGAUGAAGUUGCUGACGGAGCAUGGAAGCCAUUUCCAGAGAGACUCAAUGCUGUUCCUUUCAGAAUAUCUAGUGGAUCCAUUCCUGGAAUAUCCGUUGAGGCAUACCAGGAGGACAACCGCUCAUGGAAGAAGCAUGUGAAUGCUUAUAAGAGGAUCAACAAGAUCAUUGAUUCUGGCAGAUAUCGCAAUAUUAUGGAUAUGAAUGCUGGUCUAGGAAGUUUUGCUGCUGCUCUUGAAUCUCCUAAGUUGUGGGUUAUGAAUGUUAUGCCUACAAUAGCUGAGAAGGACACACUGGGUGUCAUAUUUGAGCGUGGAUUGAUCGGCAUAUAUCAUGAUUGGUGUGAAGCCUUCUCCACGUAUCCUAGGACGUACGACCUUAUUCAUGCAAAUGGUAUUUUCAGCUUAUACAAGGAUAAGUGCAAUGCGGAAGACAUUCUUCUGGAGAUGGAUCGUAUCCUACGGCCUGAAGGGGCUGUUAUAUUCCGUGACCAAAUGGAUGUGCUAAUCAAGGUUAAAAGAAUUGUGAAAGGAAUGAGGUGGAAUACAAAAAUGGUAGAUCAUGAGGAUGGCCCUCUUGUCCAAGAAAAGAUAUUGUUUGCUGUCAAACAGUAUUGGGUUGCAGGUGAAAACAACUCUACAUCUUCACAGUGAAAGGAAAGGAGAAUUUUUUAGCGCAACUAUAGCCAGCAACUGUCGUCGAGUCAAGUUCAAAGAAUCACUUUAUACCAACUCAGGGUGUCCAGGCAAGUAGCAAGUCGAGGGACAUGACUAGUGUGGUAAUUGUCGUUGAUUCUCCAGCUUCCUAUGGUAGGUAUAGCAGACUCAUAGGUGUUGACAAUUUUUGAAGCUCCAUGUCAAUUUUACCGAUCAAAAAAAGCUCCUUGCGUCAAUUUUAGCCUUUACACUUAAGUUUUUUUUUUAAUUCUUGUAAUUUCUCUUUGAAGAUCUUACAGCUGAUGUUGAUACUCAAGCUUCUUGUUAGAAUGAAGCCUGGUUUUGGCUAAAGGACAUUGGCUUUAUCUCA